UCAAAAGAAGCUCCCAUGAAUCCCAUUACCUCUUUACAUCGUUCUGCCUAGAGUUCUCAUUAACUUUUCCUUUCCGUCCUUUUUAUCUCUCCCUUGUUCUUCCCUCUCUAGAAAUUAAGAGAGGGGAGAACCUUUGAUAACAGCAAAAAGAUAUUAUAUAGCUGAAUAUAUAAUUUCUUAUAUAUCAAAGUAAUUAAAGUGAAGAGGGAAAGGGAGGAAACAUAAACUUCAAAAUGUCGGUUUCAAGGCUUUUCUUCGGAGUUCUUACAAUCCUAGCUGUAGUUUCCUCUAUUUUGUUGUCAAUGGCACAUGCUCAAUCAGCAGCUCCUGCUCCAGCUCCGACAAGCGAUGGAACAACAAUAGACCAAGGCAUAGCAUAUCUCCUUAUGUUGGUGGCAUUGGUCCUUACUUAUCUCAUCCAUUGAUCCUUCUAUCAUUUUAAUAUUGGUCUCUAUUUAGUUUAAUUAUAUUUUCUCGUUUUGAUUAUAAUUAAAUAGAGACCAGAAAAGAUUUAUAUGUGGUAGAGAAAUUAACGAGGUUUUCUUAUUUUUGGAGUAUACAAUUUUGAAGUUCAUUUCUAUAAAGUCGAUGUGCGUUCAACUGUUGGAAAUAUAUUUCAUCGAUCGAUUUACUUUUUCUUCA